UGAAUUUCAUAAUACAUUUACAGUAGUAAAACCUAGUUCAUUUUAUUUUGUAUCCUUUGAAAUUUCCCGUAAUUGGGUUUAUACGUGUUGUGAAUUAAAUAAUUUUAUUAUUAUUGCUUGGGGAGCUGCUUCUCUAGCAUGAAACCCACGAUAGAAUUUUUCCCAAGAAAAAAAGUCCAUAAGAAAUUGCCCCUCAACCCCAAUAACUGGGUCCGCUCCUGUUAAGAAAUACAAGUUAAAACUUGGUUAAAACGCAUUUCGUUAUCAAGAAAUGAAAGCUAAUCUCUCUCUGUCCCCAAUUCAUAAGACGCUCUUCUACGUUCGAAAUAUUAACGAACUGCGAAAUGUCAGUGAUAAAUAAAAAUGCUCAUGAUAUCGAGAUCAAAGUUCCUUGGGGGUACAUUGCAGCAAAAAUAUGGGGAGAAGAAAGCCUUCCUAUAGUAUUGACGGUACAUGGCCGAAUGGACAACGCUGGAGCCUUUGACAACUUAAUACCGCUAUUACCUGAUAAAUUUCGUUACGUUUGCAUAGAUUUACCAGGACAUGGCAAAUCCUCACAUUUUCCACCUCAUCUACCUCUGCAUACGCUCAACUUUCUACUGGUCUAUAGGAUUAUGAGCAAGUACUUUGAUGAAAAAAGCUUUAUUCUAUUAGGUCACAGUUAUGGUGCACAAUUAGGCAUUCUUUUCUCAAGAAUGUAUCCACAUUUAGUAGAAAAAUUUAUAAUGAUUGAAGGAAUACAUGCCUACCCGAUUAAAGCAGAUGACUACAUAAUACAUAUGCUAAAAAUAUUUCAAGAUCACUUUAGUGUUCAUAAUAAACUGGCAACAGGAAAGCAACCGAAAUAUAAAUAUGAAGAAGCCUUUAACAAAGUUAAAUGCAACAGGGAUAACGGACCGCCCAUAUCUGAUAAAGCUACAGAAGUUUUGUUGAAACGUGGGUUACGGAAAGUAGGGGACGACCAAUACAUAUUUACAUUAGACCAAAGAAUGAAGUAUUACAUUGAUCCGCUUCAUGACUGCAACUUUGCAGUACACAGUUUGAAAAAGCACCCACUGCAGUGUCCAACAUUGAUGAUUUUAGCCAAAGGAAACGAUUAUACCACCAAAUUGUUCACACCCGUGCUGAACGAACUGAAGAAACGAGACAACUUCAAGUAUUUUGAAGUGGAGGGAUAUCACGAUGUUCACAAUGUACAUCCGGAGAGAGUAGCACCAUUUAUUCAAGAGUUUUUAACUUCUAAAGGUUACGCAGAAACACUUGGCAGCAACACAUUCAGAAAAUUAGCUGCAGCUGCUUCAAGGUUUACAAGAUUUUUAUAAAGAUAAGAUCGAUAGUGUUCAUUUUUAUUUACAACUACCUUUAAAAACCUUUAACAUUAAAUAAUAAAGUAUAGUCUUAAGAGUUAUAUACAAAGUAUUUUUGUACAACUAGUGGAGUACAUGAGAGUUUUAACCUCGGAAUACAGUUACACUGAAUGAAAUUGAAAAUAAAUACGUGCAGUUAGUAAGAUUUUAAAAAAUCGGGUUACCAUAAUAAUUCAAAAAACCAAUUGCAAUAUCUCUAAAAUAGAAGAUAUAUUGAGAAAUAAUUUGAAUAGUUCGUAAAAAUACGCUCUAUUGCCAGAUUCAUGGCGUUAAAGUUGUAUUUCCGAACCUGUAUUUAUACGAAUAUUUUUUAUAGGUUAUUAAAUCGCAUAUUGACGGGUCAUAUCUUAAAUCGGGCUCAUUUUUUUUGUCUGGAAUGUAUCCAUGGAGGCAUGAGCUCUGUAAUAUUAAUGGUACUAGGACGGACGGUUUGGAGUGGAGUCGCGCUCAAAGUUUAAAGGUUUGGUAAAAAAAGUAUUUUAUGAUAACAAGUAAAAAUAUAUCAUUGAUCACGUUGUUUAACAAAAAUAGUUAGAUUUCAGUUUGCCAAAUAUUUCAUAUUAACUAAAUCUCCCAUAAACAUAAAAACAAAUCAAUUUAUCAAAAUAAAAAAGCCUUCAAACUAUACUGUUUAAUCUCUGUAAGGUACAAGUACUGCCUUUUUGACCUAUAUACCUAUAU